GAUCCUUAACAAUCACGCCACUGGUUCAGUCUAAACUCUAAACUCUAGAGCGUAAAGAUCAGCUGUUCAAGGAUAGGAAAGAUCACUGAAAACAAAUAAAUAACGUGGAGAUUAUUGAGUUAGCAAGUUCAUCUGUUCUAUCAACGGAUAUUUUUUUUUAAAUAGAGAAAAAAAAACGAAAGGAUUUUUAAGGAGAUUUAUUUCAACAGGUAGUAAAUUUUGAUGGUAUAUUUUUUAUUUAAUAAUAUUACAGAGAAAAACAAGUAGUGCCUUGCUGCGGCUAGUGCGAUGGUGGUUUAUUUAUGGUUAAUACCAUGCCAUAAAAAUAAACAUAGGCCUAGCCUAGCCUAAUAAUGCCCUUAAUUUUUAUUACAGUAACAUCAUUCCACAUCAAUAUUUACUAAAUAUAAAUUUUGAGUUAUGUUAAACUUUAUAUUUUGCCUAGAUAAUAUAAUAAUAUAUUCAGAGAAACGUAACUAAUGCUAGCGGAACCAACGGAACGGAGUAGCUGUCCUAGAGGUAGAGUAGGGCUUACACAACACAAACAGUUACAGAGAUUGACAGGGUCAGGCACCAUGCUUCCAUAAAAAAUAUUGAGCCAGCACAAAUAAAAGCAAAACUAAAGAAUAUUUAAUAUAAUAUCCUAAGGAGGUUAAGGUGAAUUUUCACAACUUUACUGUCACCUUACUAACUUACUGAUUUACUGUGUGACUUACUUAGACUUAGGACUUAGGCUUAGGAGUAAGGAACUAACUAGUACUAGUUGUGACAAUCAGCGUAUUCAGUAGGUCUAAAUGGGUCUAAUGUAGGAUGACCAAAUCAUGAACUGGAAAAAAUGGGACACACUAGGUACUUUGACACAAAAUUUAAAUAUUGUCUGAUUGCCAUGAAUGAUACAUUUUUUAAAGGGCUAGCUAUAACCUCUAUAACAACACCAAUUUCAUCUCUCUAACUUUUAUAGAAGUGGAGUUAUGAUUAUUUGGUGAUUUUUUACAACCCCCUUCUUUAUCUUUGUAUUUAACUGAAAAAACUUGUGACCAACUUUCCAAAUUUCUGCCUUAUUUUGCCCAAAACUUUUUUACUUUAAAAAAUAAUGCUACCAAAUUUUCAGGAGACAUUCUCAAUGCAAUAUACAACAAAAUAAACAACAAAUUAACAUUUGUAAAGGAAAAAACAAAAAAAUAACAUGUUUAUUGUAUUUUAAUGAAUUAUAUGCUUACAUUUUAAACCAAUUCUUAUUUUUUUUGUUACAAUGAAUUUGAAUGCAUAAGAUUAUAAACAAAAACUACUUACAUCACCAAUAAGACUAAUACGAGCAUACCAGUACUGGGGUGGUAUGUGAUUAAAUUUUAAAAGGUAAUGGGGAUGUUCUGCCUGUCAUUUUUAUAUUUAGACUACUCUUCAAACUGCUGGGUCUUGUUGAUAAAUCCACAAUCCCUCUUUCAUAUACUUUGUCUUUGUCCAAAUGUGCUUACUUGUCGAUGGAAGGACUUCUUUAAUAGAAAAUUAAACUUUUCUCCGAUGUCUGAAUGAAACCUAGAAAUAACAUCUAAUCAUAUCCUGAAUCUACAUAAUUUCUUAUUGCAUUUCAAUAUUAUUCAAUUUUUUUGGUUGGUAAAACUAAUUUCUUUUAGUUUUAUUUUAUUAGAAAUAUUAGAUAUUUGCCUAUGUAAACUGUCUUUGAGCCGUAAAGAACAAUAAUUACAAAGUUAACUAAGACUUAGUUAACUUAAUGAUGUUUGUUUAUAUGAUGUCUUUAAUUUAUAAUUAAAUGCCUUAUUAAUGUUUUUAAAAUACUAACUUAAAUUAGGCCUGUAACUGUAAGAGUAAAUGCAGUUGUAUUAAUGGAAUUGAAUAGUAUUAUUAGUUUAUUAGUAAUAAUACAUGGUAUCAGUAUUAAUUAUUAUUAUUAGGCUUAAGUUUAAGCCUAUUAAAAUAUACACUAUAAUAUAUUCUCUUAUAGGAGUAAUGUCACUAAUUAGAGAAUAGCAUUUACUAUUAAGAUUAUUUAUCUAUUAUUGAUUCAAUAAAGAAGAUCUGAUAAAAUGUUUAGACCUUCUGUCAUAAAAUUUCUAAACUUAAAAUCGAUAUUUACAUAUUAUUGUAUAAUAGUUCAUUGUAAAUCAAGGGACAAAACUGGUCCGAAAUUCAACAGACUACACAAACUAAAAUUAAUAAAAAAAUCUUUCAUUUACUGGUUUGUAAUAAUUUCUAAAAAUAUAGUAAAACUGUUUCCCAUCAAUUGACUGAUAAGUGUUCCACGAAUUUUUGAAGAUGAACAUUAAUAGUCAUCUUUUUCAUAUCUUCAUAUUAAAAUAUUAAUGACGAGAGCCAUUUCCGACAACCCAAUUUUUUUUAUUUGAGGGGGGUAACUGGUGAAAAACUUGAUUUUCUAAAACUCUGAGGUCUCUAACUUCCUUCAGCGAUCACUAUUAUUAACGAAAUAAAGUUAUUCCAUGUUGUGAAUAUAUGAAGCAGUAGCGCAGUAAAAUUAAAAGCGUUGCCAUUUUACAUUAAAAAGUAAUAAGCUAUUUAAGUACAUACCCUUAUAUAAUAGUAAAUGAGUUGCCAGUACAAAGUCCAACAUGCGGGCAAAAAUGGUGUCAAAUGUUUUGAAAAAAUAUGCGCUCCACGUCACUGAUGAGGUAAGCAAUUAUUUAAAAAACAAAGGUGACGUAGUAUGCAAUUUUCCAAAGAUACUGUGUAGCUGUAGAGCAAGUUUUAUCGACAUUUUUGGACAUGUGCAGAACGGUGCGUCAACUAGUUUUCAAGUACCUAGACACACCCAAGGAGGGUUGGUGAGGGGGAUACCCUCCAGCUUAUAAAUAGAGAUCCAGGGGCCUCCGCCAGAAAAUGUUUAUUUGAUUGAAAUCUGCUCAUUUGAACUAUUUGGAGACCUAGAAAUCUUUUUAAAUUUAUCUUCACUUUUGUCAUUUAAUUUAACUCUGAGGCAGCCAACAAAUUAAAUGCAGCCAUCACGCGACCCCACAUCACUACUGUCACUGGCUACACAGCUACCCAAAAUAUUACUUGAAAUUAUAGUAUAUAUCAGGAAGUUUUAGUGAUUUGAAAAUGUUUUCGGUUUUAGAAACGGGACAUUUAGGCAUCCCGAGAAAAAAUGGGACAAUCCCGUUUUUACGGGACAUUUGGGUACCCUAGUCUAAUGAGAUAUGGUUGUGACAAAGGCUACUGGCUACUGUUUUGCAAAAUGUCAUAAAAACUAAAUAUUUGACACUUAACUUGGACUUUUCUCUAGACCUAGUCUACUACUAACUAGUGUAAAGUAACUUAAAUUGUUUAGACCAGCUAUUGAGGACCAAUAAUUAUGCUAACUAAUAAAUCGUAAAUGCACUCUGAAGCUGCAUUAAUUGAUGUUUAAUUUGGAUACAUGGCCUGGAUGCAACACUACAUAGAUUUAAAGCUAUCUAGAGAAAAGUCUGUUCUGAACUUGUCACUUCUGACCACACUACAGAAAUUUUCCAGAUUAUCAUUAUUCCAGGUUAAUCAAAACAGCCAGGCCACUUCAGUAAUCUUAAACCAAAUAUCAAUCCAUCUUGACUUGUUUUUCCCUGCUUUUUCCUAUGUCCAUCUAUCUUGCUAACUUUCCAAUUCUAAUGGCUUUUCCCUGGUAACAGAGUUACAUCUAACAUUCCCACAUUCAUAUUUAUUAACUAGAAUUUAGAUCUGUGAUUUAAAUCAGUUGGGCACACAAUAGUGUGCAAGAAUUAUGUAGCAAAAAAUAGGUUGUUAUAAUGUAUACAUUGAUAUGGGUGGCUGUGUGCUCAGAUCUUUUGACCAGUAUUUCCGGAAUUUAUUUUGAGCAGUUUUCCAAAUGGUGGUCUGAAGAAUUACUUAGAACUUAAUUCUCCUUUGACUGCCAUUUACAAUCAUAUCAAUCAGCAUUGUACGAAUAUAUUUCUAUAAAUUCCAAUACAAAUGAUUAUAACUUAUGCAUUCAAUAUCAGAUUUCUGCAACUGAUGAUCAGUUUACUAAAAAACUAGCAGAGGUGCCACCUUCUGUGGUAUUUACUCUCACAUGACGUUAAGUUGGCCACAUAAGAACACUGGAGAGCAGUCAUGGGAAAUCGACAUCCAGAGCCAUAUCACGUUUGUAAGAGCAGACACAUGUCUGAAAGGCUGCUCAGUAACAGUGCUGCACGUCCCCAUGCAGGGGAGCAUCAUGGCGUCCAUCUUCUGUGUAAAAUGUGUCUUAGUGAAUUCCAAAAGUAACACAAAUAACACGUCAUCUCAUUAAACCUUUUCAAAUCCCAAACACUUUUCCUUGAAACUAAUUUCCCAUGGCCUGAAAUGCAUUUCUUCCACCUUACACAAUCUCAGGAACACAUCUGUCAACAGCAAUAAACAAAAAGAAUUCACAACAUCCUUCAUAAUUAUCGACAUUUCACCACUUAUGACAUGCAACAUAGCAUUACAACCAUUGUUAGAACCUGAUGCAAUUUUUAUACUUCAUCCGUAGCGAUAAUAUUCAUGAGUUGUUGGUUUAUUCCUGCCAAAAGAGGGUAGAUUUAUCAAAAAACAUUUCCCAACAUCCUUCAUAAUUAUCAGUAUCUCACCACUUAUGACACACAUCACAUUACUACAAUGAUUAAAUAAAGAAUACCCACUAGUUUUCCACAAUUAAUUAUCACUGUGAACUUAGGCAGGUUUCCUCGGUACAAAUAACUCCUUGUGAAUAAAAAAGAAAAGAUAAAACCAAAGCUUUUUUAUUUUUCUUCAGAGGUGUUCAAACAUAUAAAUGCUAUUAACCUUACUGUCUCAAUUUUGGAUUUUUUUUUUUUUUGUUGUUGGCAUACGUCCGCCACAAUGUGACGAUGGUGUGGACUUCGCAGGACAAAAUCCACAAUGCCUGGGAUUAUUCUUUUGAAUUGAACGUUUAAGCUGGUGCGCAACAGCAAAUCGCAUCUCUCCGCGCGGCUGGAUAACCCAAGGGAACGCGACUCCAUCUCUGGGUUCAGAGUUUCCUUCUCUUAGAUGAGUCGCCAUCCAAGGUUAACGAGUCCCAUCCACCCGGAUGGUGCUGGUGAUGUUUUUGCUUGACUUGGCUUUGGCUGGAAUUGAACUCCAGACCACCAACCUGAGAUUUGCUCAGUUUUGAUCACUCUGCCACCCAGCAGAAUAAUUAUUAUUAUUAGUGGUUUUAUAUAGCGCAGUAGGCCAGCCCUAGCGCAGUACCCCAGCCUAGGGCUGGGCUCACCGCCCUGUACAUACAUUUUAACAAACAUAAUCAUGAAAUUUUUAACAUACAUUAAUGAAAAUGAAAAACGAUUGUACUGAUGGUCAACUCACAAAGAGUGCCUCUCUGACAUUGAUAGUUAGAGAUGUUUCACAUGGGAAUUUCAAAACCGGGUCUUUGAUUAUAACAAAACAACAAUGGGAUUUUUUAUGUUAAAAAUGUUACCAUGUAAAAAAAAGACUCUUUAUUAAAUGACAGUUUUAUGAAUUUAUUAUAAAAAAUAGGUACUUAUCUCCCAUGUCAUUAAAUGUUGCAUGUUGGGGCUGGGCUGAAACAUUUUUACAGGGAAAUAUGGUCAUUUUGAAUGAUGGAUUUUCCAAUAUUUCUAGAUGACUCCCUUUAAGAACAAAGCACCCUGAAUGUGUGUCUCUGUUGUCAAUAUAAGCUUGCAGGUUUGCAUUACAAUAAUUGUGUUAUUGGAUUCUGAUAACAAUUUAAUUUCACAAUAAGUUGGUGGUAUCAACCUGUAGUGGGUAAUUGGUGCAAAAAUUUGAAGAACCAGAAUUUUACACCCCACCCUCACUUUCCACACCACUAAAUAAACAAUAACAGCAAACUUCAAAACUACCAAUAAGCAUAUUAUAAAAACUGAAGUAUCAGCUUCCUUGUCCAUGAAUAUCAACAUGACCACCAACUACUUAUUCCAGGAGCUGGGAUUAAGUUUAUCCUAACAUUGGUUAGGGGAACGAAUGUUUUAAAUAUCACCCCAGUUGCCUUAUGUGGUUAUUGAUGUUUCUUACUCUGGGUGUACCUCCUCAACAUGAAUGGCUGCCUAGCUUGUACAGUUAGACCAUUCCACCUGGCUAUUUCCAGAUAAAAAUUCAGAAUAUCUGAGCUUUUUAAAUAAAUUGUUCAUUGUGCUUAGUGAUUUUAAGAUUUUGUUUCAUAAUUGAUAUGCAUGGAAACAAAUCUACCUGUUACUUUCUUUCAAGUUUAGAGCAGAGGUAGUUAAUUGACAGCCCACCGGAUAAAUCUGAUAUGAAUUUCUGUCUUCAUUCAAUUAGCCCUACUUUUCAUUCCCCCCGAUAUAAAUUUGUAAUAUUGAAUUAUAUAUAUAUAUAUAUAAACACUGCUUUUUUUGUGAAUAUAUGCGCAGGUAGAAUAAAUUCAGAUAUUCCCCAAAUUGCAUCCAUGCAUUAAAAAUGUUCGCCAUCCUCGAUUUCUUCUCCCAAAUACCACCCGUUUAUAUGUAUAUUGAGCUGUUAUAUCUCAAUUUUAAAUUUUAAAUGGUGGCAUGUCCAUUUGUUAUUAUAUGAGAAUUAUAUGCAUAAGAAUAAGAAUAAUUAUAUAUUUCUGUACAUUAAUUAUUUGAUAGGAGACAUGACCCUAGGCUUGCUAAGAGUUUACUCAGUGUGAAACAGUUUGGGUUGGCCGCCCCUGUAUAGAGAAAAAACUUGUUUAAAAUUUCUUUAUGAUAGUUUAUGUACAAUAUCAUGUGCAAUGUGUUUAAUUGGAUUCCAGUGGGACAUUUUGAGAAUAAUUUGCAAAGUUUUUAGUAUAAAACUGAUAGAUGGCGUUUACAUCUGAGAAUUUAACAUUUGUCUAAUUGACUUUGAUUAUCAUGGAAUCCAUCAUUCCUAAUUGAUGUGUUAAUUAGUCAGUUAAGAUAGCUUAAAAGGUGUUACUGUAAUGAGUGAACCGGUCGUGAAAUGUCUGUUAAAUAGUUUAGCAUUAUUGAAAUGGUGCAUUCUCCUGCUUGCAUAACUUUACUUAUAUAGUUUAAAAAAAUAUGUCUUUCCUUUCUGAUGAAACAUGUUCUCACUUAAUAACAUUUUAAAAUACAUAUUAUUAUAGGUAAUCAACUCAUCUGAAAAAAAAUGGCUCCUAGGAAUGCUGCAGAAAAUCCAGAUUAUGAAGGUGAUCGUUUAGGUCUUGACCAAGUGGAUACACUGAUCAGUGAAUCAAGUCCAAGCCCCAAACGUCCACCGAUGGUUAUUGUUUGGCGCAAUGUGGUUCUAUUUAUACUACUGCAUGUUGGUGCUCUCUAUACCCUCAUUCUCAUCCCACAAGCCAAGCUGUAUACUCUUAUUUGGAGUAAGUAUAAUCAUCUCUUUCCUCUUAUAGUCUUAUAUCAAGUUAGACUUACUUCAUCUGUUAGAACUGAAGUGGGGCUUUAGUGAAAAUGCACAGGGAGUCGAUACGUUUUGUGAUAACAGGAUGCUUAAGAGAUUUAUGUCGGCUCUAAACUUCAUUUAAAAUGAAUUAUUUUGUUAUGAAGAUCUACGUCCUUCCGCUUUACAAUAAUAAAUUUAUCCUUUGAAAAUAAGCUUUACCAUUAGCUUUUAGAUACUUCCUUCUUUGUAUUUUUAUAUUCAUAGCACGCCAUUAUUUGAACCUUGUCCAAGAUAUUUAGCUCUAAUGAAUCCAUUAACGUUCUUUAGGUUCCGUGAUGUACUAUUUUGCUGCCAUGGGCAUCACUGCUGGCGCUCAUCGUUUGUGGUCACAUCGAUCAUACAAAGCCAGGCUGCCACUGAGAUUCUUUUUGGCUUUAUGUAACUGUAUAUCUUUCCAAGUAAGUGUUUUCAAGUAGCUUUCUACUUCUUUAAUGCUAUCUACUUCUUUAACUGUCAGAACAAAUUUCUAUAGCAUCAAGCCAUUUUUAGCUAUUUCAUAUGUGUAAAAAAUGACAAGUAGUAUACAUAUUCUGAAAGCACAUUGGACAAGGUACCUUAUGGUAUUAAAUUUUUUUCUUUUUAUAUUAUGUUGAUAUUGACCUUUGCAGAGGGCGUAAGAUUUUACUACUCAACUUCUGAAUUGAACCCACUCUAAAUACUCCAUAAAUUGUUCAAACUAUCAUAAAAUCAAGUUUUUGAUGCAACAUCCUUUCAUGACGUUUAUAGUUAAUAAUAAUAAUAAUAAGAGGUCUUAUAUAGCGCGUUACCCCAGCCUAGGGCUGGGCUCACCACACUGUAAAUAAAAAUUUUAUCAAAAGAGACAUAAUCAUGACAUAAAAAUAAAAUGCAUUUAUGAAGUAAAGAACAGCAAUGUAUAUUCACCCACCCCACCACAUAACUUUUACAAGGCAAACCAUGGACGGCAGCCAGCAAGAUCGUUUAUCGGUCAGAGGAGGGGAAUCAGUCAGGGUAGUAUAUGGUAAAUUGUGAUAUUGGUGAAUUUUUUCGUUCAGUACCUUAAUUUCUGUCAAACAAAAUUCAAGUGGGAAGGCACAAAAAGAGGUUAAAAAUUCCUUUUAUAUGAAGUUAUUAAAUUCAUUUUUUAUCAAUUAAUACUUCAGAACAUGUACAAACAUAAAUACCUUUGGGUUAGAUCUUUAGGAUCAAAUCUAUGUCUUUUUCUGUUCGAUUUCCACCCUUUCCCAAACCAAUUAGUCUGUAACAAUAUGACUAAGCUUAGGGAUAAAACUGUCAAUAUCUUACUUUUAUCUCAACAUCACCGCUCGAGCCUAUGCUGUCAUUAUUUGCACAUGGAAUAUCUCUGAUAUCUUUACUUUCAUUAUAUUUUAAAUAAUUCUAAAAAAGAAAUUGAAAUCCCAAAGGGGGGCCCCUCUCCGGCAUCAGACAUUAUGGGGGUGAAGAAAUCACCUGGUUAAUCACACAAAGAUCCCUGAGAUAAAAGCAUGUAAACACACUGAUAACUGAUAGUAAGAGAAAUGGGAAGCAAACUCAUUUAUAAGAUAGAUAAGAUUUUUUUUAUUGAUCCAAAUAAAUGGAAAUGUUUUUUGAUUGCAUUAUACAUUUUCAGCUAAAAAAACAAAACAAUUUGAACACAAGACAUUUAUAAUAAAUUAUAAAGAGUGAUUUCCCCAUAAACAAUAUACAUUAAAUCAAUUCACAUUUUUAGUGACGAUUAGCAAAGGCCUAUAACGGCCGAUUGUCUGCCGUUAUGACAAUCAUAGGGUUACGGUAAAAAAGAAUUCAUUGGUUAGAGCCGACUGGGGUGCAAACGUUUUUUUAGUGGAGGAAAGGUUAUUAUUUUAUUAUUGCACAUCUGACAAAUUGAAAAUAAGUUUUAUAUUUUAUUUCAGAAUUCAAUUUAUGAAUGGGCUCGUGACCACCGUGCUCAUCACAAAUUUUCUGAGACUGACGCAGAUCCUCAUAAUGCUAAACGAGGAUUUUUCUUUGCUCAUAUGGGCUGGCUUCUUGUUAAGAAACAUCCAGAUGUGAAGGAAAAGGGGAAAAUGAUUGAUUAUUCUGACUUAUUAAGUGAUCCAAUUGUAGCCUUUCAGAACAGGUAAGUCAUUACUUUGUAACAAAUUAUCAUUUAACUAGUAAACAGGAUUCUACAUGUGAUGUUGCCUCUUCCAUGCCUUCCUGUCACUUGCAAUCUUCUCUAUUUCCAAUCUUAAACAUAUCAUUCUCUGGCGGGGCGCUACAUGACCUAUUUGAAUUACUUGCCGAGAAAGACAUUUUUUAGUUUUAUCAUAUGACCUGUUUGCUGAAUAAAUUAAAUGCUGAAAUGAAAUGUUUUAGUUUUAAAAUUUGUUACAUGGAAAACCUUUCAACUUUUUAAAAAUAUUUUUUUUUAAAUGCAGGAAAUAGAAAUAAAACAAAUAAUAUAAGAUUAAAGUAAAAGCUCAGCUCCACUUGAAGAAGAGAGAAGCAUAGCUAAUUGCCUAAAGCUCUAAACCCUCUUUCUCUAUAAACCAUUGGUUAGAUAAUUAAAACAUGUUCAUAGUGUUUGGAAAAAUACGAGAUAAACUUAUUUUGUGUUUUACUUUCACAGACAUUAUAAAAAGCUUGUGCUGCUAUUUUGUUUCGUCAUGCCUACGAUGGUUCCAUGGUACUUCUGGGGAGAAAGUGCUUUUAAUGCAUUCUAUAUUGCUUCCAUUUUGCGUUACACAUUGGUGCUGAAUGCUACAUGGCUUGUCAACAGUGCGGCCCAUAUGUGGGGCCAGAGGCCUUAUGACGAGAGAAUACAUCCAGCUGAAAAUCUUGGGGUGGCCUUCUGUGCAACAGGGGAGGGGUUCCACAAUUAUCAUCAUGUUUUCCCCCAUGACUAUUCUACCAGCGAGUACGGGUGGCACUUUAAUCUCACCACUCUCUUCAUUGAUACAAUGUAUUUCCUUGGGCAAGCUUAUGACAGACGUAAAAUCCCCAUGGAUGUUAUUAUGAAGAGAAAGCUUAGGACCGGUGAUGGUUCCAGGCGUUAAAGAAAAGUUUCUGGGGAAUACAAAUAAAUUAGUUUUUUGGGCAUGAUUUUUAACACCAUAACUUUACAAAUUCCCUCUUUCUGACCAUCAAAUUUAAAGAUAAUCUCAAACUACAUUAAUCUCCACUGCUAGGUGCAACAUUAAAAAAAAAAUUAAAAAAUUAAAAUGCUCUUGAAAUAUUUGAGAUUUUCAUUGCAUUUCACCAUAACCGAUUAUUCCUCUGGGUUAAGAUUUCCGUAGCCCAAUUAUCUUAUGAAUAAAUUUGCCUUACUGGGUAUUACAUGAAACCGAACAAGUCCCCAUUUCUCCUUUUAUAAAAAAAAGACAAUGACUUCAAUAAUGAAAAGUGAAUUGUUGAGUUUUAAAGAUUUCUUUUUUAUAAAUGGAUGGAAUGACUAAGGACUUUUCAAAUGGUUUUGAACUAGGAUAUUUUUAUUUUUGGGUAUCCUCAAGGCAUUAUUAUUUGCUUGCAUCAACUUGGUAAGAUCUUCAGUGCCAGUCUGAUGGGUAGUCAUGGAAUGGAAUGCUUUAGGUGAAGCUUUCCUGGAUAUUAAGUAUCUGCAUUUCUUGCAUUAGUCAGAAAUGGGGGGGAGGGGGGGGAUGAUGAGUCAAUUUAAAUAAAAUGAGCACUUACAUUUACUUUUAAGGUGCUGCCUUUGUAAUCUCUGUUAAAAAUGUAUUGCAAAAUACUUCAAAUUUGAAAAUUACAUAGAAGAAUUUGUCUGACUUGUAUUAGAUUUUGUUGAACAAAAACUUUUGAUUAUUAAAGUAAGUUUCUGAAGCCAUCAAUUAAUCAAUAUGCCUUUUAAUUGUUUUUGUCUUCAUCUUCAUUUUUAAAAUUCUUGAUAGUUUUUGGAUUUUUUUUAUCUGAAGUUACAAAAGUUAACAUUACAAAAGUUAACAUUACUUUUAAAAAGAAAAGUCUCGUUGCUUAAAAAUACUAGAUGUUUUGAGUAAUUGCACAAAAUUGUGUAUGUUUUCAGUGAGUAAAUUGUGCUUUUGAAAAAUGUGUAUUCUCCAUUAUUAAUUUGUUGAAAAAUAAAAAUUUCGAAUAAUUCUUAUGGCAGAACUUUUUUGUCACCAUUGGUUGCAAUACUCAGAAAUAGUAUUUUUGUGUCAGGAAUGACUGAUUAGUGGAGAAUCUGCUCCUGAUGUAGGAUGUUCAUGGAAGAUGUUUUUUUUUUAUUGUUGACCACACAUGAGUAAACAGUAUCUUAAGGCAACUUGGGUAAUCAAUUUAAAUAAAAAAAUAACAUUAAAUAAAAUGAAUCACGCAUUGGCUUCUAUUAACUGCUUGAUAUAUUGACAUGAAGCUAUAGUUUAAAAAAAAACAACAAUGUUAUCAGAUCCAUACCAUUAAGGUGUAAGUAAAAAUGAAAGACGGCGCUUUAAUUAAAAGGAGAUGUACAUUUUUUUGUAACCCGCAUAGUUGAAGUUAAAGGUUUAUCUUAUUUAAUUACGAUAAUGGAUCUGUAUAGUCAAUCUUGACCUUGAUCUGUAUAGACUUUAUUGACACACUUUUAAAGUAUUUAGCUAGCAUUUAGGGUCUUGUUUCUUGUUCUAUUAUUAUAUUAUAAUUUUUUUUCAUGAAGGAAAUACUUUAUCCUAAUUAUUAUUAAGGAUCCAGUUAUUGUCAUCCAUCCAUUACAUAUAUGUACUUUUAUUAUUUUCAUUUAAUGUUAUUUUAUGUUAUGUUAAAAACUGGAGUUGAAUGGUAAUCGUCUUCUUUUGACCAAAUUUAUGGUUGCUUCAGUCCAAAUUUAUGGUUUGCUUCAGUCCUAAAAGUUACCUUUUCAAAUCUUUUUGCUUAUCUUUAUUAAAAGUUAAAUCAGAAUCUUUAAAGAUUAAAAAAAAUAUAUUGGGGUAUGCUACGUAGAUAGUUAAAUCAACACAAUUACUUAUUCAUUAAAUUUCUGAUGUAUGUAACUAAAUCUAAAAGUGAAAAUAAUUUAAUCUCGAUACAAAAUAAAAUGGUAUUUUUUCCUCUUCUACUUUGAUGUUUACACCAUUAUUUAGAAAGCCACUUUUUGUUGUUGUUGAAGGUUUAGUUUGUUUUAUUGUUCUGGUUACCAUGUGUCAAAUGGACAGAGGAGGUGGUCGAUGGACUGAAUGGGAUACACGUGUGUCAGGUGAGAACAGUUGAAAGAGUUGUCACAUCAUUGAAUACUUUCACCACAGUCCAUUGUUAUCGAAGAUGUUUAUUUAUAACAGUGUUGUACGGU